GUUUGUGCUCGUCGUGCUGUCAGUCGCACAAAAGUGUACUGUCAUUCUCGCCAGGACGGAAAACGCUAGCAGACUGUAAACAGUUAACCUCGUAAAAUUCCACUGUUUUCUUCGGAAGCUCCAAGAUGUCCAUCCUAGCCUACAAUGGAGGUUGUGUCGUAGCAAUGAAAGGUAAGAACUGCGUCGCUAUCGCCACGGACCACCGUUUCGGUGUGCAAGCUCAAACCAUUGCCACAGACUUUGAGAAGGUUUUCGAAAUCAAUCCACACAUGUACCUCGGCCUGGUUGGAUUACAGACAGACAUUUUGACUGUCUACCAGCGAUUACUGUUCCGCAAAAACCUUUACGAAGUACGUGAAAACCGGCAACUGACUCCGGAACGAUUUGCCGCGAUGCUGUCAAACUUCCUGUACGAAAAACGUUUUGGGCCGUACUUUAUUGAGCCGGUCAUCGCUGGAUUGGAUCCGAAAACAUUUGAACCUUUCAUCUGCAACAUGGACCUGAUCGGAUGCCCGAAUCAACCGAACGAUUUCGUGGUGGCCGGUACUUGUGCCGAGCAACUGUACGGUAUGUGCGAAACAUUGUGGAAACCAGAUCUCGAACCCGACAAUUUGUUCGAGGUCAUCUCCCAGGCACUGAUGAAUGCAUUCGAUCGGGAUGCCAUCUCCGGUUGGGGUGCAACGGUAUAUAUAGUUGAAAAGGAGAAGCUGACGGUGAAGAAACUGAAGACUCGUAUGGAUUAAGGAACGGGUCCUAGCGGCGUUUGUUUAAGGCUGAUAGCUGUCCAAGUGAACGUGGGUUAUGAGGUUGGAACAAUUUUUGUAUUAUCAAAUCGAAAUUGUUUAAAAUAAACUAUUAUAAGAA